AUGUCAUUUACGCCCGAUCGCGAGUUCAUCGAGACGUUGGAGCGUAAGGUUGAACGACUGAAACGCUGCGAGUCUUCGUCGUCUGCUACCGCUGCGGAUAUCGUGUCUGCACUGGAGAACUAUAGGCAAAGCCAGUUUGGCCAGUUGCUGAACUCGGGUCAAGCUGUGGUCAACGGUGAAGUGGACCUGGACGCUGUUGUGCAAUCCGUGUCUGCUAUGCAGAACCCGAAGGUAGAUUUUGAAUCGUUGCCACUCGUGGAGUAUGACCUUCUUAACCUGAUCGUUCCAGGCACAGAGGGAAGUUUCGAGGUAUUUUAUAGCUCGGUUCCUCAAGGCUCGACGUACAACGUACAUUCGUUGGUGGGCAGCGACGGAUGUUCGUGGCUGUUAAUAAUCGCGUUUGACGGUAGGGUGUUCGCAGUUCGUUGCAAUGACCGCGAGACCGACCCCGUAUCGAUAUCUGAGGUUUUUGACCUUCGAGAAACGAUUGAACAAACGACUGAUCUGCUGGUCAUCACUAGCUGGCCGCUGGUGUAUGCCUCAGGUAUCGACGGCACCCUACUGGUGACCGCCAUGGACCAUGAUGGCUAUUACAUGUUUGACCUCACCAUUGCCUUUGUGGACACCAACCGUUCGUUGCAGCUGAACAUGCAUGGCUACAAGAUGCUAGACGUUGCACCGUGUGUCAUAAAGCAUGUUUCGACUCAGCGCCAGACAUCGGUUUUGUUGAGUGCCAGUGAUAGGACUAUCCGAUGUUACCGGAAAGAGUUUGAGAAUCGGUCACUCGUCGCCGAGCACAGCGUUGACCAAGAACUGCCGGAGCUCCGUGGCCAGCUUAGCGCGGUAGCGGUUUCCUUUGACAGCGUCUAUUCCACCCUCCCUGAUGUCAGAGCUCGUGUGACUGUUGUUGGUCUGGCCGAUGGAGGGGUCAUCGCCUGGUUGGUCAACGAUGCCACAAACGAUAUACUGCGCCAGUUCGACAAAAGCUACGAUACGCCAAUUUCGUGGCUGAGGUUAUUGCAGACGACCAACAAUGAAACCGUCCUGUGCUUGUCCAGCGCACUGGGUCCAGCCUGUCUAUUCAGGAUGUUCCAGCAGUACGGCUUCGAUGGAGUGACCAAGCUUCAGCGUAGUCGUUGCUUCGACUGCAUCGUUUCUGCCGCUUGCGUACAUUUUUCCGAAGUUGUCCCCCCUGACGUAAUCUACCUCGGAACUUUCGGAUUUAAAUUGUUGUGUUACGAGGGAGAUAUCGAUUCCUGCGAAUUUUCGCUUUCCGUCGUCAAAUCCUAUCUUUCGCCAGUGGUAGGAAUUCAAGCGGUCGGAAACUUCAUUGCCGUUGUUACCGCCUGCGGCGUGUACAUUUACCGAAGAGCAGCUUCGGGUGUACAGAAGAAGAAACCGCCCUGA